AUGCCUGGGUGCCCUUUACUCAGUGGCUUCGAGAGAACAGCAAACCAGAACUUUGGAGGAGGAAACACAGCCUGGGAGGAGAGGAAAUUGUCUAAAUAUGAGACGAGCGAGAUUCGGCUGAUGGAGAUCGUGGAGGGGCUGUGCGACAGCAGCAGCUUUGAGUGCAACCACAUGGUUGAGGAGCACGAGGAGCAUUUCGAGACUUGGUGGUUCAAGAGGAAAACAAAACAUCCCGAUCUGCACAAGUGGUUCUGCAUAGAGACCAUCAAAGUGUGCUGUCCAAAGGGAACAUUUGGACCCGACUGCAAUGCCUGUGUGGGGGGUUCUGAGCGACCCUGUCACGGGAACGGUGCGUGCAAUGGAGACGGGUCCCGUGGGGGAAACGGGAAGUGCAGCUGCCACCACGGUUAUACGGGCGAGUUCUGCCUAGACUGCAUCGACAGUCAUCACCAACAUUAACGUACUGAUGGAAAUUUGGUCUUCACUUCUGCAGAAUGUCACUCCUCUUGCAAGACCUGCACUGGAGCAACCAAUCAGGACUGUGACGAGUGCAAGGAAGGCUGGGAGGAAGACGACCAGGAAACCUGUGUAGAUGUAAAUGAGUGUUCCAAAGACCCUGUUCCAUGCAAAGAAGAUCAGUACUGCCUCAACACAGACGGUUCCUACUCUUGCAAGGCCUGUGAUAAAGUGUGCUCCGGCUGCACUGGAGCCGGUCCCGAUAACUGCCAGGCUUGUGCCAGCGGGUACCAAGACACAGAGGGAACCUGCACAGAUGUGGAUGAGUGUUCGCAGUCAGAGCCAGUGUGCACAAAAGAGCACCAGGAGUGUGUCAACAAUCAAGGCAGCUACACGUGCAUCUGCUCUGAAGGCUACGAGGAGCGAGAUGGGGAGUGUGUGCAAACACAACAGCCAGAUACAGCCGAGGAGUCGGAAGCAUCUGAGGCAACCGCGAGUCCACACGGAGAGCUUUGAUGUCACAAAAGGGGACCGGGAAGAACAAACUGUUGACAUUGCUGCACAUUCGAAGCCUCUCCUUCAUAAAACUGUCAACCACAUGCACUUAACGAAACGACGAGAGCCGAGAGGACGUCGAUUUCCAGCGGAGGAUGAUGAACAGAGGAAAAAAAAAAAAACACAGACCUUUUACGCUCUCGCCAUGCUGGGUGUUGCUUUUCUCCAGUGUGCUCAGACUCGUUGUCUUUGUCUUAUAUGGUUUUAAAAAGCAACGAUGUUUCAAUAAAGAUUCAUUAUGUGAAGUUUAUCAAAAACUGACCGACGUCAUCGGAAUGUGGAUGCUUUCAGCUUUGGGAAGUUUUUGUGUAUGUUGCAGCAAUCAUGCAUUACCACAGGAUGGCAGUAUAGUCUUAUGAAAUAAAGACGCUCCAGCUUGAAACCA